AUGGUUUCCGACGAGACGUUCGAAAUCUGCCUCCCAGUGCUGCGGGACCCGGAUAUCGACGAUGAGGAUAAGACGGAUAAACUGGAGGAGCUCCUCCGGGAGAAGACGAGCCUGACCGGGCAGGCACUGGAAAAUGCAAUAUUAGACGCACUAUGGAGAUAUCGAGAAGGAGGAGGGAGCGCAACGUCCCCGCCGCCAAUACGGCAGACCAUCCUGCGACGGCCGUCCCCGGCGUCCUGGCGCGGUUCGGGCACGCCGCUCUCGAGCUCGCCUCGGUUGGGCGUCAGCCCACUUGCCCCGCCGGGGUUCGUGCCAAACCCUUUUAGUCGGACGAUAUCGUCGACGGCGUCCCCGUUUGGCUCGCCGCGGCCGUCCCCUCGGCUGGCGUUUGCGGCCCCCGUACCGCACAGCCCGAACCUGAAUGCGUACCAGUUUGCCCACGACGACACGCCGUCGCAAGAGGUGUUUGGCGAGUACCAGUCGGACAAUGUAGACUGGCUCGUGAGCGACGAUGCUAUUAGUGUGACGUCCUCGGUGGGCGGGUCCAGCGGGCUGAAUGUGAGCGCGCCCGAGUUUGUGUCAACGCAGCAGCAGACCGAUAUGACGCCGUACGACAUGCUGCGGUCGAUCCUCGGGCAGACCAAGUCGGACGACGAGAUCAGCGCGGCGCUUGCGAUGCACGGCUACGACCUCGGGGCCACGGUGGCGGCUAUAAUGGAGACGCAGGUGCAGGAUAAUCUCGCAUUGGCGGCCCAGGCCGAGGAGAACCGCGUGGUGAUUGGGAAGGCGAUGGGCUCUGACGGGCGCCCUGGUACGCCCGGGGGGGAUUCGCAGAGGUCGGGUGUGAUUUGCAAGUUCUACCUGUCGACGGGCCAGUGUUUGCGUGCGGACUGCCGGUUCAGUCACGAUCUGAGCAACCAUAUCUGCAAGUAUUGGGUUGCCGGGAACUGUCUCGCGGGCAGCACCUGCAUCUUCUCCCAUGACCCAUCGCACCUCGUCAACCGGCUGCAGAUAGACGGCUCCGACACGCCGCCCAUGCAGCACGCCACGGUAAAUAUUCAGGAUUACAGCAACUUCCCAACCCUGCAGCCAGGCUCACCCGAGCAGCUUCUGGCCACAACAGGCAGUUAUCCUACGCUAGGGAUCACCCCCCCUCCUGGGUUCAAAGCUCAGCAUGCCCACCCCGAGCGCUCGCGCUCGCGGCCGGGCAGCCGGCAUCAGCAGAAAGAUACACCGUCUGCUCCGUCCCCCGAUGACGCGGACGCGUUUCCGUCUCUUGGCGCUGCGAUAGCAAAGCAGGGCAAGAAGCAUCACGGUAAGCGCGGCGGACACGGCCACAGCCACGGGCCUAACAAGGACACCAACUUUGCGGCCCCGCCCAGCACGUUGGCGGACAUUGUCAAGAUGUCCCCUUCACCGGCGCCGGCUACACCUAGUCGGAGGGUGGCCCGCAACGGCAACUCACCCAAUGUGCGCAACGGCGAGAACAGCGCUGCGGCGCAAGCGAUCCCGAACCCGAAGCAUAUCCCAUGGCUGGAGACGGGCGACAGGGCCAACAAGGCGUACCUGAAGGCGCGGCAGGAGGCCAUCAAGCACGGUGGUCUCCGGAACAAGUUCCUCCAGAGUGCCGCGCAAGCAUGGAACCGCAACGAUGCGCGGGCGGCCAAGGCGCUGAGUCUGCGCGGACAGAGCGAGAACGACCUCAUGCGAAAGGCGCACCGCGAAGCCGCGCAGCAACUAUACGAAGAGCGCAACAAGGACCGGGCGAACUGCCCGGAGAUCUACGUCGACCUGCACGGCCUGCACCCAGAGGAAGCAGUCGAAUACCUCGAGGGCAUCCUAAUGGAGAACGCCAUGGAGAGCCGGCCGAUCUACGCCAUCACGGGCACGGGACACCACAGUAAGAACGGGAAAGACAAGGUCGGCAAGGCAGUGCGCGGGUUCCUGAACGAGUGGCGGUAUGCGUACCGCGAGUUUUCGGUUCCUGGCGACCGGAACAGCACGGGCGGGAUCUUGGGGGUCGACGCGCGCAGCUGGGACCGGUCGCUGUCGCAGGACGGGAAGACCCUGUCGCGGACGCGGGGGUCGGAGGGGGAGAAGGAGAAGGAGGAGGUGGAUAUUCUCUCGCAGGGGGUGGAGAUUGGCGAGGGGAAGGUCAAGUUGCUUGUGAGGGACACGUCGGGGGCCACGACCAAGGAGCCGCCCAAGGGGCCGUCUGGGGGCCGGGGGAGGUGA